AUCAUUCACAGUAAAUCAGGAAGUAAACUUAAACUGAGCUGCGGAGAUUGGAAAUAGAUGCAAGCACCUCGGCACGCCGGCAGGAGACCUCACUCACGGGGGGGGGGACACUUUUGUUUGCGAGUCAAAGCCUUCGUCCGUGGGAUUUAAAAGGGUUUCCUUGUUUCCGCGAUGAGGGCGUUGUGUCUGCAGAAGGCCAACGUGGCCCAAGCAGACCAGCCGCGGGUCACGUGUGGGAGACGUUUGUCCUCCGACUAUGCUCCUCUGUGUCUGGAAAACAAGCUCCUGGCUCAGAGCUCCACGUUGAUGCCUCAGCCCGGCUAUUCGGCGCCGGCGUCCUCUCUCCAACCCUCCCGCCUCUCGUCCACCUCGUCCUCCCUCCUCGCCGCGUCUCUCACCCCGCCGUGCCGCCCCUCUCCGCUGCUCAGCACGGAGAACCGGCUUCUGACUGACCUUUCGCCCGGCUUCUCCUUCUCCCUCGCCUCCUCUGCGUCCGUCCCAAAUGACCCCCCGCUCUUUACGUCCCUGGCCGGCGGUUCCCUGCUUGAGCGCUUCGCUGGCGCCCCUCCCUUCCUCCACCACGCCGUGGGUGGGGAACAGAAGAGUCACGGCGGAGGAGAUGAAGGCGGGAAUGAAGUGAUGCAGUGCUCUUUUGAAGAAACCAGUGUGCAGUACUCUGAGGAAGAAGAUAUUUUGCCAGAAGAUGAAGAGGAGGAGGAGGACGAUGAUGCACUGGUAGCCAUGGAGUUACCUGCCCAGGAGUCGGGCAACGAGGAACUCGAACAAACUACGUUCAUCAAACAAGAGGAAUUCGCUGAGAUUGACAGAGCAAAUGAAAAUAUUGAGGAGGAGCUGCAAGAUAAGAAGUAUCUGCUGCUGAACGCCGUGUGCUGCUCCCUCGUCAAUAAGAGCACAGCACCGGGACAGAAGGACUGGGACUCGGAGAAGAGCGUUUGGACCAAGGUCAUCCGCCUGUCCAGGGACAUCUCUGUCCGCGACCCGCAGUUUCUCCUCAAGGUGGCGGUUUACACUCGACAGGAGCUCAACAUCCGCAUCACAGCAAACUUCUUGUUGGCCCUGGCCGCCAAUCUGCCCUCCACCAAGCCACACGUGCGCCGAUACUUCUGCGCCGCCGUUCAGCUGCCCUCGGACUGGCUGGAGGUCGUCCGGAUCUACAGCGCGUGCUUCAGUCGCUCCCUGCCGUCGUGCUUGAAGAAGGCAAUGGCCGACAAGUUCAAGCAGUUCAACGAGUAUCAGCUGGCCAAGUACAACACGCGCAAACACCGCUGUAAACACAGCCGCAACCGGCCGAAAUCCAAGAAACCGAGUGACGAGCAGAUGAGAAAGUGGGCGAACUUGCUCCGAUCAGACGAGUCUAUUCUGAAGAAGUUUUUGAAGGAAGACGGCAGCAGAGCGGUGGUGGAUAAAAAGCAGAAAGAGUUCAGUAUGAAGAAGAUGAUCGAGAAGUUUCACAUUAAAGAACCGGCUGAACACGUAAUGGCCAUCCUGGGAAAAAAGUAUCCUGCCGACCCGAAGACGUUCACCCGCAGUGGAAUAAAGGGCUCGUGGGACAGGGAGAGAGCCGGGCAGCGGAUGAAGCUCAAAGAGCCGGAGACGUGGGAGCGGCUGCUCAGCCAGGAGGGCAACAAGGCCGCCACCUGGGAGAAGCUCAUAGACAAUAAGUCUCUUCCCUUCAUGGCCAUGCUGAGGAACCUGAGGAACAUGAUCACCAAGGGCAUCAGUGAGGCUCAUCACAAGAAGAUCCUCAGCAGGCUGACCAAUAAGAAAGCGGUUGUUCAGAGCCGUCAGUUUCCCACCAGAUUCCUCGCUGCCUACAAAGUCAUCAUGGAGCUCAACGCUUUGGCCCUCCAGGCGUCGAAGCAGGCGCUGCCCCCCGUUCAGGAGAUCCUGAAGGGCAUCCUGGGUAAGAUUCCCAAGAGCAGACGCUUCAAAAGUCUGGACUGGGAGACGACUCCGAGGAGCCGGAUCCGGGUGACCAUGGGAGUGCCGUUUAUCUAUCGCCUCUACAAAGCCAAGAAGACCCAGCUCAUGAAUGCCAAUAAGCAGGAGUUCACCGUCGCCCUGCUGGACCGUUACCGCGGCGCUCUGGAGACGGCCGUGCAGCUCUCCUGUCGGUACAACGUGCCUCCGCUGCCCGGACGCACCGUCGUCGUGCUCGCCUGCGAGAUGGACAGCAAGGACCCGUGUCAGAAAGUGGACUUCUGUCUCCCGCCGGAACCCGGGCAGAAAAACGAGGAGGAGGAGGAGGAGGAGAGCGGAACGAAGCCAGACGACAAUCCCACUGUUUCCGAGGCGGUGGCUUUGCUGUCGCUGAUGAUUGCCAGCAGUGCAGAGGACUGUCAGCUCUGCUUGCACAGCUGGAGGAACAGCGAGGAAGUCAAGCUGGAGUCGGACGUCCUUUUAGAUAACGUCAGGAGCUUGCUGAAGCAAAUGAAGGCCUUUUCUGAGAUGCCGUACGAAGCGAGGCGCUGCCAUUGCCUCACCACAAUGCUCAGCAGGUCCAACAAGGUGGACAACAUCGUCGUUCUGACCGACCGGUGGCUGAGUCUUGAAAUCCAGUGGGCCGUCGAAACCUACAGGACGGACGUAAACGACAAAGCCCUCAUGGUGCAAAUCCACAUGGAAGACGGAGAGUCAGAGUUGGUGGAUGACCGGAACUGUGUGAAGCUCUACGGCUUCAGUGACCAAAUACUGAGGUUUGUGGCCGAGCGAGGGUCCUCCAGGCUGCUGGACCACGUGGAACAUUUAGACAAAGUCUACAACAUCCCGCCACCCGAGGGGGCUCGAGCCCCCGAGACCACAAAUUGUGUCGCUCCGAUACCAGCCAGCCCCAAACUGAGGUGGCGCAGCGUGCGAGUGUUCGUCUCCUCCACCUUCAGAGACAUGCACGCCGAGCGCGACGUCCUGGUGCGCGCCGUGUUCCCGGAGCUGCGGCGUCGCGCCGCCUCCCGCCGCCUCCACCUGCAGGAGGUGGAACUGCGUUGGGGCGUGACGGAGGAGGAGUCGGGGCGGGCCGCCGAGCUGUGCCUGUCGGAGGUGUGUCGCAGCCAGAUGUUGGUGGGGAUCCUGGGGGAGAGGUACGGCCUGGUGCCUCCCCGACCGCUCCUCCCGGACCUGCCGCAGCACAGCUGGCUGGCGUCGGCCCCAGCGGGCCUCUCCAUCACAGAGAUGGAGAUCCGUCAGUUCCAGGCUCUUUACCCCGACACGGCACAACAGCGGAUGUUCUGCUACUUCAGAGAUCCGAACAUCACCAACGCUGUUCCGGUGGCUUGGAGAUCUGACUUUGCCUCUGAAUCGAAGGAGGCGGAGUCUAAAAUGGCGUCACUGAAGAGAAGGAUCCGGGCCAGUGACGUCAAGGUCACGGAGAAUUACUGUUGUGAGUGGGGCGGCGCUGUGGAGGGGAAACCGUAUCUGAAACAUCUGGAGGUCUUUGGCGAAGCCGUGCUGGAAGACCUGUGGGCGGCCGUGGAAACGCUGUUUGUGGAAGAGGAGGACGAGGCAUCGUCCGACGCGACGGAGCAGGAGGUCCACCAGGAGGCGCUGCGGAGGCAGUUCUCCAGCCGGGCGAAGCUGCUGUCCGGGGCCGUGGAGGUAGCGGAGCAGGCCCGGAGCAAAGGGGGGCUGAUGGUGGUGGAGGCCGGACCCGGGGAGGGAAAAACCGUCUUCAUGGCCGCUCUAGCAGACGGCCUCAGGAAUGGAGUCAAGUCCAGGACAAACCUCGCCUGUGACAUCAUCGCCUACUCCACAGCUGCCAGCCAAUCGGCACGCUCGGUGGAAAACCUGCUGCGAUUCCUCGUUCGCCGGUUGAGAAGGAUGAACGACACCAAGGAGGCGUCGCCUCUUCCCCGCUCUUACAAAGAUCUGCUGUUAGAAUUUCACUCCUUCUUGAGUGGCGUAAAGAGGGAAAAGGCUGUGGUGCUGCUCAUUGAUGGAGUGGAUCUCCUGCAAGACGGCCGAGGUCAGCUCAACUCUGAUUGGAUACCACAGCAGCUUCCACAGGGAGUUUGUUUGGUAUUGAGCAUCACAAGCAAAGCGCCACUGUUACAAACGCUGGCCGAGAAAAGAGGCGCCGUCCUGUUGGCGCUGGGGCCGCUUACCGUGCUGGACCGGAAGGAGAUGGUUAAGAAGGAACUGGACUCCUUCGGGAAGAAACUCAGCGACUCCGCAUUCAACAACCAGCUCCAGACGCUGGUGAUGAAGAAGGGAGCAGCGAGUCCUCUCUACCUGCACCUGGCCUGCGAGGACCUGAGGAACUUUGCCUCCUUUGACAAGUUGAAGGAGAGCCUGCAGGACUUGCCUCAGUCUCUGAGCCAGUUGGUGCACCGCAGCCUGGCCCGACUGUGCACGCGGUUCCGAGGCGAGCGGGGGCUCCGCUGGGCCCUGGCCGCUCUCGCCGUCAGCUCCACCGGGCUGAGGGAGAGAGACUUGUACUCUGUGCUGAACACCUGCAGCGACUUGUCCUCGCGGGACGGACGGCUCGCCUGGCAGGACGUGCUGCGUCUGUCCAGGAAGCCCGAGGGGCGACUGCCCAUGGCCACCUUCACCCGCAUAGCGCAGAGUCUACAAAGCCUGAUCGGUCCGUCCCAGUGCCGCGACACCGACGACCUGCUGGCUCUAACCAAUCCGGAGGUGAGGAGGGCCUUCGAGGACUUCCUCCUCCCAACAGAGAGUGACCGGACCAGAGCUCACCUCGUGCUGGCAGCUCACCUGUGGGCGCUGGCCGACCCGCAGGGCACGGACACCUUCCUCCUCUGCGAGGCCAACUCCGUCAUGCAGCUGCCCGCGAACCUGAAUCGAAGCGGCCAGGUGGAGGCGCUGCACUCUCUGCUCUCCAGCUACUACUUCCUGUACGCAAACGUGCGCCACGGGCUCCUGCACCACCUCCGGGAGGCCUACAGCCUGUGUGAUGGCGAGAAUCCGUCCGCGGCCUCACUUGGCUUCCAGGAUCGUCUAGAAGACUGCCGGCGCUUCCUGCGGCGACACGCCCCCCUCCUCUCCUCGUGGCCGGCUCUGUUCCUGCAGCAGGCCCUCAACGAGCCCCCAGAGACCGCUGCUCACAUCUGGGCGCGAGGCCUGACGGGCCGCGGGGGGCCGCGGGUCGUCGAGUGGCUGAACAACGACGCCGGCGGGAUUCUCCAGGAGACCAAUGAGCUCGUGUCGACUUUCUCUUCCGUUCCGACCUGCUUGGUCGGGAGCUCGGAUGGAGAGCUCAUGGUGGUCGGCACCGGGCGGGGGAUGCUGCACCUCAUCAGCACUCGGACCGGACACGAAGUGAAGUCGUUGGUGAGCAGCUGUGACGGCAUCUCGAGCUGCGUCCUCCUGAAGGACGGACGUCUUGCCACCACCUCCUUCGAUGGACGGAUAGAGAUCUGGGACAUCGCCAAUGGCUGCCGGACCGCUCUCAUCCAGGGACACGCCAACGUGAUAACAGGAAGUGACCUCACCGCAGACAGGAAGCACCUGGUCACUGUAUCCCUGGACUUCAUGUUAAAGGUUUGGUCCUCUGCUAAAGGCCACGAGGUGGCGGCCCUGCCCAGCUCCAGCCCUUUGAACUGUGUGACCUUUGACCCCGAGGGUCACCUGCUGGCUGCUGGUUGCUGGAAUGGGAACGUGAUUGUGUGGAACUGGCUGCAGAACAGAACUCUUGCGUCGCUGACGGGCCACCGGCGCUCGGUGCGCAGCGUCUCCUUCUCCCCGUCCUCCUCCAUGCUGUGCUCCGGCUCCAUCUCCGGGGAGGUGAGGCUGUGGUCGGUGCCCAGCUCCACCUGCGUGGGGUGUUUCCAGGCUCACCGCGGAGCCGCCGAGGCCCUCGCCUUCCUGGACGGAGGCAGCACGCUGCUCACCGCCGGCUCCGACCACCUGCUGCAGCUCUGGUCGGGAGGACUCGGGCGUUCGGUCGCCGCAUUGAAAAGUGAUGACGGCGAUCCGGAGCCUCCGCUGCAGAAGCUGAAGUCGGCGACGUCCGAGCCGGCCGCCCUGUGCGUCGCUGUGAAUGGAGACUGUGCCGCCGUCGGAUACCACGGGGACGGCAUCAAGCUCUUCAGCCUCGACUCAGGGAAGAAGACGUGGGACUCGGGGGGCCUGGACGUGUCCACCCUGAGCCUGCUGUGGGUCGCGCGGGACGCCGAGCACAGCCAACCGGAGCUGCUGUUGUCCGCGGGAAGCGACAAGCGCGUGAGGGUCUGGAGGAGAGCGGACGAGGACGCGGGGCUGCUGGCGGGGCUGGAAGAGUGGGGGACGUUCAACGUGCAGCCGGGCGCCGUCCAGGCCAUGGCACAGAACGCCACGUACCUGGCCACAGCUUCAGAUGAGUCCUCCAUUGUCCUGUGCUCGUUGCGUGAUCUGGCCCUCGGCCCCUCGCUCCAGCCUCACGCGCUGCUGAGCGGCCACAGUGGAGCGGUCACCUGUCUGGCCUUCAGCCCCGAUGGUGGACAGCUGCUCUCCGGUGGAAAAGACAAGGCGCUGCUGGUGUGGGACGUCAGCUCCUCCCCUGCCGUUCUCUCCAAGUCGCUCCUUCACUGCCACAAAGACUGGAUCACCAGCUGCGCUUGGACUCCAGACUGCGCGAUUAGCUCCUCGAGCGACGGGGCGCUUUGUUCGUGGGAUCUGCAGGCGGGCCGCUGCCUCCGAGAAAUAAACCUGAGGGAUCCGCUCGCGUCCAUCUGCUGCCUCGGCGGCUAUGUGGUGGCCGGCGGAGCCGGGGGGACGCUCCAUGUUUGGAACUGGGAGACAAACGUAGAAAUCUGCCACGUCGCUGCACACGAGCAGAGUAUUCACCACUGCUCGCUCCUGCCACGUGCAGACCAGGGCAAAAAAGUCAAGCCAGAGGAAAUGACUGUGUUCACUGCUUCUGAGGACGGCAGCGUGCAGCUCUGGAAACCACUGCAGGUGGAGCACUUUGGCACCUUGCAGGGUCACAGCGGUGCAAUAUGUGGAGUCGUUCUCGCGGAAGGACUCCCGGAGUUCCUCUCGGUUUCCGAAGAUCGCUCUUUGCGACGCUGGAAACGCACAACAGAGAGGCCUGGCGGUCUGCGAGGGCCGGUCGCUGCGCUGUGCUUCUCUCGGGGAGGCGAUCUGCUCCUCGCUGGUUACGAGUCCGGUCUGCUGGAGGUGUGGCGCCGCGGCGCCGCGGUCGGCCGGAAGCAGGUGUCGGACGGCACCCUCACAGCCAUCUGCUCGAUGCCCGGCGAGCGCUUCGCCGUCAGCUACGAGAAGCUCGCCGUGGACGUGUGGAAGGUGGUGUGGGAUGGACAACGCCGCCUCGCCAGCCUGGUGAAGGUGAGCACGUACGCGGUGGAAGCCCCCGUGAUCCGCCUCAACUACUGCUCCGUCCUGAUGGGCGUCUCCGACACCGGGACCAUAUUUGAUGUCACAAAAGACUCCGCCUCAUACGGGAGUUACAGCGUCCUGAACUGGAAUCAACAAUGCCGUAUUUUGGGGACGACCCAGAACGACGAGAGAAGCAUGUGGCUGCUGGCACACGCAGAAGGACAAAUCAGAAUUGGUUUCAUUUUUGCUAUGGGCCCUAAAAUUGGUUUCCAGAGCGCUUUCGGCUCAAUUAACCUAGAGAUUGAGGAGGAGGAGGAGGAGGAGGAAGAGGAGGCGGGGAAGGUGGAGGUGGAGGCGGGGACUGCAGAGGAGGAGAAAGGUAGUCUGCCAACAGCUGGAUCGGUGGACAAAGAAUUUGUCGUGUGUGGGGACGCGAAUGGCAACAUGUGGUUCAACGAGCCUCCAGAUGUUUGCUCGUGGAGCAGCAGAAAACCCGCUCACAGCGACCGGAUCAGUGUGCUGAAACUGACCGAGCGGCUCAUCAUCUCCGCGUCCCACGACGGCACGGUGAAGCUGUGGGACAGAAACACCAAGAAGCAGGUCGGUAUGUUUGCGUGUGGAGGUCCUGUGUUGCACUUGGAGGUGAACCCUGUUAACCCCAAUGAACUGGUUUGUGGUGACGGGCAGGGAAAGAUCUACUUUCUCUCCUGGAAAGAAUAAUCCUCAAGUUGUUGGACACUAAAUAAAAAUUCAAAAAGGCUUAAACACUAA